AUGGCUGAUGAUGGUAGUACUGGGGAAGUGUUCGCUAUUAGGGACAAGCCCAUCCCCGUGAUCUCUGUCGGCAAGCAUGAUAGCGCCGCAAAGGAUGGAACAUCCCAUCGGCGGCACGAGAGAUCGGGGUCGCUACAGGACAAACUGUUCGCGAAGAUCUUGGAACAGGUCAUUCCAGGAGAGGAUGGUGACAAUGAAUCAGCGCCAGGGGCCGAUAAACGCAUCGCUGCAGACGUCAAGCGACCUGCGUUUAGCCUCCCAUUAAUGGCAAAUAACUUCCGUCGAUUUAAUGCGAGAAUCGGCAUCGUUUUCCACUUCCAGAACCAGGCUGAACAAUUGUUCAGCUGGCGGCAGUCUUCUCACACUUUCUCUUUCCUUUUCGUCUAUUCAUUCAUCUGUCUCGAUCCUCAUCUGCUGGCCAUACUUCCCAUCACCAUCAUUUUGCUCUUUGUAAUGGUGCCAGCGUUCGCUGCUCGUCAUCCUCCCCCUCCUUCCACAUCUACGUCUAGCACCACGCCUUACUACUCAUACCAGGGCCCAGCACUCGCACCUGCGAAGACGAUCAAGCCAGCAUCUGAAACAUCAAAGGAUUUCUUCCGCAAUAUGCGAGAUCUACAGAAUGUCAUGGCCGAUUUUUCUGAUAUGCAUGAUGCAACGGUCUCUCUUUUCGCACCGAUGACCAAUUUUUCUAAUGAGAAGCUGGCAUCCACGGUCUUCCUGCUUCUCACGAUCACGGUUGUGCUGUUAUUUCUGACUGCCCAUCUUUUACCGUGGCGGUUCAUUCUCCUUCUGGGUGGAAAUGCAGCUAUUCUGUCCAAUCAUCCUGGACUACAAGACUUCCUGCAGAGUUUCGCAGGUGAUAAAAGUCCCGUAAUGGGGAACAAACCCGCCACUGUGUCCCAUGAGGAGCCGAAGGUGGCUGAUGUUCCCAAGCUGUCGCUGCCAUCUAACCCAUCCGCCGCCGUAUCGCUACUGGGUUCACUGGCCGACAUCUCCCUGGAUACAUAUCCGGAAGAGCGCGAGGUGGAGAUCUUCGAGAUUCAAAACCGCUCCCUGGCACCGUAUUCCGAAUCGGAAUGGGAUAAUUUCAUCUUCAGCCCCGUGCCAUAUGACCCUUUGUCACCCUCCCGAAUUGCGGGAGACCGCCCUAGGGGAUGCCGUUUCUUUGAAGAUGUACAGCCUCCACCAGGUUGGGCCUGGAAAACGAAGAAGUGGAAGUUGGAUCUAGACUGCCGCGAGUGGGUUGUCGAACGUAUGAUCACUGGAGUAGGCUUCGAAAUUCCAGGGGCCGUCUCGGAACGAAGCGCGACCAACGAACAGAUUGGAGGUUGGGUUUGGGACCUGCCAUCCCAAUUCGGUUCGAGGGACGAAGACGCGGUGGCGACAGCCCUGGGAUACCAAGACUUUGGCACGUCGUCCACGCAGGGUUUCUCGAACGAGACUCAGAAGGCGAAGAAGGGUAAGCAGAAGUUGUCGUCUCGUGAUUGGGAAGAGCAUGGAAAUUCAGGAUUCAACGGGAUGGGCGAAUGGAGGAGAAGAAGGUGGGUUCGGGUGGUGCAAAGAGUUGGUUUAUCGUCUGAAACAGAGAAGAGCCCGAAUCGAGAUAAGACCUGA